GCACAGUGAGCAAACUGCUCAGUGGCGGGGAUGCUUGCUCGGAAGCAACGAGGAAGUCGUGUGGACCGUUCGAAUAUUGUAAGUCUCCGCACAAGCCCGAAGCUCGUGAAGGCAACACGAACCUCGAGCAGGUGAUUGUCGUGCUCCGUCACGACGCGUUCAACGCCACCCAAAAGAGCGCAGGAACUCCCAUGACUUCGGGCUGACUUUUUUGACAAGUGAUUCCCACAGAGUUGCGAUGAACUCCCACAGUGGGUCUCGCGAAUCGAACCGGCGAGCGCAUCCGGAACUGUGAUGGACGCACACCGGGUACCGCAGGUGACCAUCACCCCGGAUGGGGGCGGCUUCUCGCGGGAGAUGCAGCAGCAGGACUGGGGGGAAGCCGAGAAGGUGGACGGCAGCCUGUGUAGAAAGCUAUCCACCUCCUCGGUCUCCUCCACCGGCUCCUCUGCAGUGGAAUCAGAGGAUGACCUGCUUAGCGACAACGAGAACAAAAGUAAAGGCAUCAUCACUCUGGAGCCCCUGGUGGACACUGGAGAGAACAAGACAUGGUGGAAGUUGAAGACCAUUGUCCACUGGCCAUUCAGCACCGUCCAGAGAAGAAAGCUAAACUGGGUGCAGCUCGCUGGUCAUAAAGGCAACUUUAAAUCGGCUGACGAGGGCAGCAUUCUGAAGAAAUUUUCCGAAAAUGAGGUGCAGUGUUUUGAGAGGCUGAGAGGUGACGCGCUACUGCCGUUCGUGCCUGCAUACCAUGGCGUGGUGGAGAGAGACGGGGAGUCUUUCAUCCACAUGGCUGACCUGCUGGCAGCCUUUGACCUUCCAAAUGUCAUGGACUGCAAGAUGGGAGUGAGAACUUACUUGGAGGAAGAACUGGUUCGAGCACGGGAGCGGCCCAAGCCGAGGGAGGACCUGUACAAGAAGAUGGUGGAAGUGGACAGCGAAGGCCCGACCGCCCAGGAACACUCUCAAUGUGGCGUCACCAAACCUCGCUACAUGCAGUGGAGGGAAAGCCUCAGCUCCAGCAACACCAUGGGCUUCAGGAUAGACGGCAUCAAGAAAUGUGACGGCACAUGUCGGACCGACUUCAAAAAGACCAGGUCGGAGCAGGAGGUCAUGGAGUUAUUCAAGGACUUUGUCGGAGGCAACGUCAACAUUAUAAAGUCCUACCUGAGCAGACUGAUGGAGAUCCAACAGGCGCUGAAAAAGUCACAGUUCUUCAAGCAGCAUGAGGUCAUCGGCAGUUCUCUGCUUUUCAUCCACGACCACACUUGCAACGCUCAGGUGUGGAUCAUUGACUUUGGCAAGAGCACCGCGCUGCCGGAGGGCCACGUGUUGAAGCACGACGUUCCCUGGCGAGAGGGCAACCGCGAGGACGGGUACCUUUUGGGCCUGCAAAACCUCAUCCGCACCCUGGAGGCUGUGAGCAGUGAAUAAGCCUGGCUUGGACUGUGGACAUGCAAGUGGGGGAAAGGUCGCCAGGCUUUUAAUGAGCAAUGAAAGUGGAACAAGUGGUUUUUAUUUGGAGGAAAGCAGGAGUGCACACUGUGUGGACAGAAAUAUUGGGACAUCCAGUGACAAAAUACAGCGUUGGAAGUAUACAAUUUUCCUAAAGGGCUGUUAAGGGAACUAAGGGGAUUGCGUAAUUGAUUAUUGUGUCUCAAUCAUUUUGCAAGUAUGGUUGACCAACAUUCCCCACGGUAAUCUUGACCUUUUACAUUAAACUAAUUGACGCGUUUAUGUAAACUGUCACGAAGGUUACUGAGAACAAUUCACUGAGCAAACAAUAUGACACUUUCAGUUCAGCCUUUCAUAACAUAUGAAAAGUACAAACGUUUGCUGUUCAUUUUAAAAUAUGAAGGAAUCAUCUACUAAUAUGAGCAACACGUGACCACGACACUUUGUUUUUACAGAGGUGCAGUGGCAUCCACCGGGAGGGGGGGGGUCAUGACCUCCCCGCACCCCCUACCAUGUUAGAAUGGCUCAGACAAAUGUUUGUGUAACUACAGUAUAAAGGGAAAUGCUGUUGAUUUUUACCUUUUAACAGUAAAACACUAUUGUGGCAUCCUGA